CUUGUCAAUUUUAUCCAUUAGCUGAGAAUCGUCGGUUCGAACGAGUCAUUGAAAAUAUACCAGUAGAUCAAGAGAUUUUUCGUUUACAAGUAUUUCCAAGGCAUAGUUUCAAAAUUGAAGCUGUGGACAACAGCCUUAGUGACACCAGGUAUUUCAAGUACCAGGAGCUAGACAAACAUUCAAUAGCCAUCAAAGUUGCCAAAUCUCUAGAUGAUUUGGUUGAUAGGAGAGAACCACGCAGCGUUCUUAAAUUCAAGUUGAAAUGUAGAGGCGACAGUAGAACGGAAGAAGUCUUCUUGCCUGUCACAGUUUACAUAGAAGAUAUCAAUGACCACGCUCCACAGUUUCAGAACACGCCAUAUCGUCUGGCCGUCGACGAGCUGACUCCUGUCGGGCUUACCAUUUUCCGGGGGAUUAAUGCUAUAGAUCGCGAUAAACCCAAUACCGCCAACUCUGACGUCACAUAUUCCAUUGUGGGAGGAAACGAAGACAACUCUUUCGUUCUCUCAGACCCGAUAGAGGGCGCUCUACUGGUGAACAAACCUUUGGAUUUUGAUCACGGAAUUCGAGAGUUUAAGCUACAAGUUCAGGCUACGGAUCACGGGAGUCCCCAGAGCUUGAGUACGGUCACAACCAUGACUAUUAAGGUGAAGGACGCCGACGACCAGAACCCAUCAUUCACGCACAAACUCUACACAGCCCAUGUGACAGAAACUCGAGUUAUAACUGGCGCCACCAUACGGCAGAAAAUCGAAGUAGAACCUCCGAUUCACGCCAACGACCUCGACACUGACAUUAACGCCCCUAUUGAGUACAAGAUAAUUCUAGGGAACGAUAACGAUUUCUUUGACAUUGAAGCACAAACAGGAGAGCUGUUUCUAAUUAAAGAAAUUGACCUAGAAAACCUCACCAGUCCUGUCAUCAACCUUACAAUUCAGGCUAUCCAGAGAGACAAUCCAGCUCGCCAGGCAUUGGUCAAAGUGAACGUAAUAGUGGUGGACAUCAAUGACAACAUUCCAGUCUUUGAAUAUGAUUCGUACAAUAUCACCGUGGUAGAAAAUCUGCCACCAGGAUUUAAUGUAGUUCAGGUGUUUGCCCACGAUAAAGAUCUGGGAGACAACGCUAAGUUCAAGUACCAUUUGGAAGAUGAGUCUCGGGCCUUUUCAGUGGAUGAAACAGACGGCUGGAUCAGAGUUCACGACCCUUCCAAACUGGACAGGGAAACCAAAGAUUUACUAAUUAUGAAGGUGACAGCCGAGGAACUCCUACCGAAUGUCAACCCCAAUGUUCCUGAAAGUUCUACUCAAGUCCAAAUCCAUCUUCUUGAUGCGAACGACAACAAUCCACAGUUUAUACCAGAACCUGCUUAUAAUUUUAUUGUAACAGAAACGGAUCCACCAGGAAGUCUCCUUGGCAUUGUGAAAGCUAUCGACCCGGACGUCGGAGUGAACGGUAUCAUUCAUUAUUCUAAACAGGACGACGGCUUAAGCAAAUCUGCACCAUUCGGCGUCCAUGCUAUAAAUGGAUCUAUUUACGUCCUGGAGGCGUUUUCUGAAAUCCAUCUCAAGCCUGCCCAGUAUACCUUCUUUGUUCUUGCCACCGAUUCAGCUGAUAUCGGAUACGAGCGAAGGUCAUCUGUAGCCGUAGUUCGUGUUAACGUCACAGACAUCAACAACAACGUUCCAGAAUUUGAGGGUGCCCCCUAUGAGGCGUCUGUGGGAGAGUCUCUGCCACCUGGUGCCUUUGUUUCUCAAGUCCUUGCUCGGGACCCAGACGUUGAUACAGUUCUAACAUACUUGAUCGUAGCUGGAAAUGAGGAAGAAAAGUUUACAAUUGAUCCACAAAGAGGGCGUGUUACAACUGCCGGUGUAUUGGAUUACGAAGAAAGACAGUCGUAUAGCUUACUGGUUCAGGUGUCCGAUGGUCUAAAUAUGGCUGUAUCUCCGCUGACUGUGAAGGUGGUGGAUAUCAAUGACAUGCAGCCUGUUUUUACACAUAAUUAUUAUAACUUGUCAGUAUUUGAAGAACUACAAGAAAAUGUUUCUGUAGGGACCGUCCUGAGGCUCAGUCGCAAUGCUUGGUUCACUUUGAAACGUUUAUUUUAGGCUUCUGACAAAGACGAGGGAGGGAAUGCUUUGAUCAAGUACACCAUUGUCCGAGGAAAUGACCACCACCUUUUUGAAAUGGACGAAGAAACGGGAGUUCUGUACACAACUAGGAAGCUGAACUAUGAAGAACAACCGCAGUAUAGUCUCCAAUUAAUAGCAAGAAAUCCGAGGACCUUUCAAGGACCCAAAGCGUCUACAAUCUCCAAUCCUGUGGUGACUCUGGUUGUUAAAGUUCAAGACAUCAAUGACGGUGCUGUUGUUUUCACCCAACCAUCCUACCAUUAUGGGAUCUUGGAGACAACACCACGUGGGGAGACCGUGGGGUUUGUGAAUGCAACAAACUUUAGCCAAACCCCUCAAGAUCAGAACAUCAUAUACUGGCUCAGGAAAGGAAACAAAGACGAAAAGUUUUGGGUGAAUCCCACAUCUGGAGCUCUGGUCUUGAUGGACUCUUUAGAUAGGGAUCCUCCAGCAAAUCAAACGCAUUUCACGCUUGAGGUCUUUGCUCGUGACACUCUGUCAGUUAAUUCCUUCAACACUAGUGUCGAGGUUAAGAUUCAGGUCAUUGACGUUAACGACAAUGCACCAACAUUUGAUGAAGAGAGGUACUCCUUGAAACUUCCAGAAAAUCUCUCGCCUGGAAGUCAACUUCCACUGUUCUACCAUGCCCAAGACAUCGACUCCGGUGUUAACGGAAAGAUUGAAAAAUAUUUCACUGAUAAGUUACAGGACACGUUUGUGGUCAACCAAACAUCCGGGACUGUAAAGUUGAUAUCGUCACUGGAUUAUGAGACGCGUGACCAGUAUCAGUUCACAAUAUUUGCAGUUGACGGAGGAAAUCCUCAACGUACAGGCUCCGCGACUGUGGUUAUUCAAGUCCAAAACAUCAACGAAUUCUCUCCGGAGUUCAUCGGAGUGCCUUACAAAUUCUGGGCAGAAGAAAACGCCGUAGAGGGAACGGGUAUUGGUCAAAUCAAGGCUUUUGAUAAGGACGGAGAUAAAGUGUUGUAUAACCUCACAGAGGGAGAUACAGAUUUCUUUAGGAUAGAGGAUGACACAGGGAGAAUCUUUGUAAAGUUAGACCUAGGUUUACGGACACGGUACAGUUUUACAGCUCGUGCUACGGACGACGGUUUACCACAGGCCAACAGUCUCGAGGUGAAAGUGGACAUCUUCAUCCGGGAAUCUAACGACUACGCCCCGGUUUUCACACAGGAAAUCUACAAGGGGUUUGUUACAGAAAAAGAAGCAACAGAUAGAGCUAUUGUACAGGUGGCAGCCACUGAUCGGGACCUUCAGAAUAGCACUGUUACUUACAGUAUAACAAGUGGGAAUGAAGAAGAAGUCUUUUAUAUAAAUCCAAAAUCUGGAAGUAUUCACGUCAACAGAUCGUCAGCCCACACCUUGGACUACGACAGAAAGAAGAGCUACGUCUUAUUAAUCCAAGCUAAAGAUUCACAUGCAAGUCCACUAUUCGGGUUAGCCACGGUUACCAUAGACAUCCGGGAUGUCAACGAUCACUCUCCAUUGUUUUCUAAACCUGCUUAUUCUGUUUCAUUGGUUGAAAACCUACCUGCUGGACACUGUUUUUUACAG